CUGAGUUGCACAAGCACACAGAGAAACAAACUGAGUGGACAGCAGAAAUUAUAUGCUUUGCACACAUCACCAGCAGAGCACGUACAGUAUAAUCAAAGCCAAAGACUACAGGUGCCUGGGAGAAAGAGACACCUUGAUAGAAAUGGUCUGACUGUGGAGGCAGAAGAGCCUGAAGACAUAGGGGAGGUGAACUCACUUUCUAAACAGACCAACGAAGCAAGCAGAGGACAAGAGUCAAACAUACGGUGAGAACAAGAAAGAGAAAUACUCGUGCAACAGGCCUGAAUCGGCAGCCUCAUGGCCACCAACAACACUGCUAGCAUUGCUCAGACUCGCAAACUGGUGGAGCAGCUCAAGAUGGAGGCCAAUAUUGACAGGAUAAAGGUCUCCAAAGCAGCAGCAGAUCUGACAUCAUACUGUGAAGCCCACGCUAAAGAGGACCCCCUGCUGUCCCCUGUGCCUGCAUCUGAGAACCCCUUCAGGGAGAAGAAGUUUUUCUGUGCCAUCCUGUAACCAACGCUGCCCAGUCAUGGACUCACCUGCUCCCUCUGGGAUACUCUUAUGGACAUAAAACAUGUUGAUCUUUUACAAGGGCUAGAGAUGUGCAGUGGAGAACCCUUAAAUUCUCCUGCCGUUCUAGGAGCCCUGAUUAAGCCACUGACUCCACCCAGUGGCCUUGAGAUCCAAAGCUAAACAUGGUAGCGUGUUGAAAUUGAGGAGGGAGUGCAGCAAAAAACAAGUGACUGUCAUUAUAGCAGAUCAGCCAGGAUGUGUUGUGAAAAUAUUAAAGUAUUCAAAGGUUUCCGUGGUCUCAUGAAGUGUUUUUUUUUUUUUUUUGUUAUUGAAUAGUAGUGGGCUGUGAUUGUAAAUCGGAUCACUCCCAUGGAUUAGUACAUAAAUUGUGUUAUUUUCUUUUUAAUGAUCUUUUUCUUUCAGAAUGAAUUGAUAUAGGCCUACCAUUUUGGUAGAUUUCUGUAGCCAUGUGUGGGUACAGCAAAAACUGUUGUUGUAUAUUUUAUUUUUUAUUAUUUAAAUAAUGAUAGUUGAGUGAACAUUUAUAAUGAAUUAAUUCACGCUUGGACAAAUAUUCUUAAAACAAAAUAAUGAUUUAGAUGCUGAUAAAAUUAUUUGACUGUACAGCAAACAAAUUUUCUUUGUUUUGUUUUUGGUUUUAAGCAUAGUUUUUACUCUUUGUACAAAAAUGUUAGCAAGUUCCACUGUUGUGCUAUAUGUUUUGAAUAUUUGUGGUGAUAUCAAUAAUAACUGCAUGAAGCCUGACAAAGUGCUCUCUAUUUUCUUUAAGACUGACAGAUUACCACAAAUCAUAUAACAAAUAAAAACAACACUCUUCUACUGAGACCAAAAACUCCAACAACAGCUGUUAUCCCCUAAUCCCAAUGUCUUCCAUCAAAUCACAGGUCACUCUCUGCAUAGCUUGGUUACUGAACCAUAGAAUCAGUAGUCUUCUUUAACUCUUUCAGCAAGGUGCUGGGCAUUACUUGCAUGAUCACAGUCAAAGACAUGCCUUCUCUGGUGAGAAGCCUGCAAAAUGAGGAGGGGCUCCAUAUGGGACGGGGCUACUCCAUGUGUCGCUCCGCCCAUAAUUUACUCUCAUUGACUAAGUCAUCUUUCCUAGACAUACAUGAUAGGAAAUGUGGUCAUAGUUUAAGAUUUAAUCCUACGUUUAAAGUGAGGAGCAAAUCAGGAUUUAUAAAGGCAGAAACUGACGUGAAAAUGUGAUUACACAUAAACUUAAAAGCAUGCCGUGCAACUUUAUAACUCCAUACCAUGAGUACCUGUUUUUUGUGCUCAUACGUCAGUGGUCAUAUUUACAGUAGAUUAUGUAUGCCUUAUUUUCCGCUGUAAUGGAAUAUGUAUUGCCAUUUCUGUGCGUGUCUGUUAGAAAAUCAUUUUUAGAUAGACGGGAUAACAGUGAGUUGGUAUGAACAGUAUGUAUAGCACACAUUUUAGGAGCGAGGAGGAGAAAGAAUCGUUUACAACCCUUAAAAAGAAAUGCAUAUGAAUCAGUAUAUACAGAUGGGAGAAAUUACUGCAACAAUCUCAUACUUUGGAAUGGAAUAAAAAUCAGCCUCUUCUCUGCUAUUGCUGAUGACAUAAAUGUAAAUGUAUGAUUUGACUAAAUUAAAAUGCAGCGUAACUGAGCUGGCAGAAGAGAGUAACAGGAAAUAAAUGUGCAUGUCUAUACAGAAAAUUAUACAGUAGGCUUCACUUCAUAGAGCAUGUAAACCUCUUUUUGCAGUUAAGGUUUAACGAGAAUACAGACCUUAGUUGAACAACAGCAUGUGCGUUUUUAUUAGUUGAAGAAUUUUUUUUUUAAUGACACAGCGUCUAAAAAUGCAGCGCUCCCGUGAGAGAUGCUAAAAACAGUGAAACGUGACGCAGUUUUCAAAAGACAUCCAUCUUGCGAAUGUGUUCAAGGAAUAUGAUUGAAAAACAGCGCGAGUGGACGAAAAUACACGUUCAGUUUGAACAGCCCCUUGUUCACAUGACACAGCACUAGCUGAAGUUUCUCAAAGUUAGUUUUGUUUCAGUUGAUUAUAAGUUUCCACUGUAUUCAGCGCUGUUUGCUCUCUGUUUUCGUAAAUAUCCUGAUACUGUUUUACUGAGUGAGAAACCGCUCCAGAUGAUUCAGUAAGAGAGCUCGGAACGAAUUGUACUGAAUCACGAAUCGAUUCAGACCAUUUUGCAAGCCCGUUUGGCCAAUUCACUGAAAAGAACCGACUCAAAAGAAUUAUUCAUUCGCAAUCUUGGCAUUGUUAUUUCUUCUAAACAGCCAACAGAAAUACGGGACACAUUUCAUGAUUUGUGAAAUAUUCUGAGAGUAAAUAUUUCUCAGUCGGAGCGCUCAUGGUACACACAGUGCGUACGGCCGUACAGCUGCAGGCGCCACUGUCCUCAACAACAACACAUCAACACCUGGUUCACCUUUAAUCACUUCUGUAGCCCCGCCCAGUAGAGGUGAGCAUUGAGAUGGCAAGUAAAGAGAGCAGGUCAGUAAAGACCAGAGAGCCAAUCAUAACAGUGAGUGUUUACAGUCAAGUCUUAAAGGAGAAACAGCACCAAAACUGAGCGUUUCUGACAGAAGUUUGAAUGAGGGUGGAAAAUGAUCAUGUUUUACAAAUUUAAAACUGUUUUUGUGCUAAAAACUUUACUAUAAGUGAAC